CGCAGUCCCGCCCCCGCCCCGCCCCCGCCGCCGGGCGGGACCUGCUGCCGCCCAGGCUGGGGAGCGCAGCGUGUUGGGGCGGAGCGGGGAGGGCGGCCCCGCAGCCGGCAGCGCCCCGGCUUCUCCCCGCCGGACUGUCUCAGACCCCAGGACCCCUCCCCUCUUCUUCCCACCCUCCUCGCCUUUCCCCUCCCCGCCCUUCCCCCGGGUUCCCGACCGCGGCUUCUCCUCACGCCUGGACCUGCCCUUCUCGGCGCCCCCGUUCUCCAGGGAGAUGCGAUGAGCCGGCGCCCCCGCGUCCUCAUCGCCGUCCCGGGCACGGUGCCCGUCCGGUGCCCGCGGUGGGGAGGGAGCCCCCCGCGACCCCCCCGCGACGCCCCUCCCUUGGGCCCCCGCCCAGCUGGAGGCCCUGGGCCAUGCCCCAGGGGACCCAUCCCGUUGGUGGGCUCUAGAGCAAAGAGGGUGGAGAGGAGGGAGGACGGGGCCUUGGGCGCCUCUGAGAUGCUCCCAAGCGCCGGGGGAGGCCGAGCGAGGCGCCGGCAACCGGGCAGCAGGCAUGAUGCCGUCGCCCAGUGACUCCAGUCGCUCGCUGACCAGCCGACCCAGCACCCGGGGCCUUACCCACCUUCGCCUCCACAGACCCUGGCUGCAGGCCCUGCUCAUGCUGGGGCUAGCCCAGGUGCUCCUGGGCGUCCUGGUGGUCACCUUCAGCAUGGUGGCCUCCUCUGUCACCACCACCGAGAGCAUCAAGAGGUCCUGCCCAUCUUGGGCUGGGUUCUCGCUGGCGUUCUCCGGGGUGGUUGGCGUUGUGUCUUGGAAGCGGCCGUUCACUUUAGUGAUCUCCUUCUUCUCCCUGCUUUCGGUGCUCUGUGUCAUGCUCAGCACGGCCGGCUCUGUGCUCUCCUGCAAGAAUGCCCGGCUCGCCCGAGACUUCCAAGACUGCUCCAUGGAAGGAAAGGUCUGUGUGUGCUGCCCCUCUGUCCCCCUACUCCGGCCCUGUCCAGAGUCAGGGCAGGAGUUGAAAGUCGCCCCUAACUCCACCUGUGACGAAGCCCGAGGAGCCCUCAAGAACCUGCUGUUCAGUGUCUGUGGGCUCACCAUUUGUGGUGCCGUCACCUGUACCCUCUCUGCCGUCGUGUGCUGCGUCCAGAUCUUCUCCCUGGACCUUGUGCACACGCUGGCCCCCGAGCGCUCUGUCUCAGGCCCCCUGGGGCCCCCGGGCUGUCCGUCGGUGCCUGCAGCGCCUGUCCUUCACACCACGCUGGACUUAGAGGAAUUCAUACCGCCAGUGCCCCCUCCGCCCUACUACCCCCCGGAGUAUACCUGCAGCUCGGAAACAGAUGCGCAGAGGCUUUGUCCUCCCCGUCUUCCUGCCAGCAUCACCUACAACGGCUCCAUGGACAGCCCGGUGCCUUUGUAUCCUACGGAUUGUCCUCCUUCCUAUGAGGCCGUCAUGGGGCUACGAGGAGACAGCCAGGCCACUCUGUUUGAUCCCCAGCUUCACGACAGCUCCUGCGUCUGCGAGCGCGUGGCCUCCAUCGUGGAUGUGUCCAUGGACAGUGGGUCUCUGGUGCUGUCGGCCAUCGGGGACCUGCCCGGGGGCUCAAGCCCGUCGGAGGACUCGUGCCUGCUGGAGCUGCAGGGCUCUGUGCGCUCCGUCGACUACGUGCUCUUCCGCUCCAUCCAGCGCAGCCGCGCCGGCUACUGCCUCAGCCUGGACUGCGGCCUGCGCGGCCCCUUCGAGGACAGCCCCCUGCCACGGCGGCCCCCCAGGGCCGCCCGCUCCUACUCCUGCUCAGCCCCCGAGGCCCCGCCCGCGCUGGGAGCCCCCACGGCUGCCCGCAGCUGCCACCGGCUGGAGGGCUGGCCGCCCUGGGUGGGACCCUGCUUCCCCGAGCUGCGGCGGCGGGUCCCCCGGGGAGGCGGCCCCGGAGGCGGCCGGCCCACCGGGGCCCCUCCCGCCCGCGCCCCUGCUCGCCGCUUCAGCGACAGCUCAGGUUCCCUCACGCCGCCACCGCCGCCUGGGCACCGGCCUCCCCAUUCGGCUCUCCCGCCGACCCCGCUGCUGCUGCUGCCGCGGUCCCACAGUGACCCAGGCAUCACCACCUCCAGCGACACCGCUGACUUCAGGGACCUUUAUACCAAAGUGCUCGAGGAAGAGGCCGCCUCCCUUUCCUCUGCAGAUACAGGGCUCUGCUCUGAAGCCUGCCUCUUCCGUCUAGCCCGCUGCCCUUCACCCAAGCUGCUACGCGCCCGCUCAGCUGAGAAACGGCGCCCCGUGCCCACCUUUCAAAAGGUCCCCCUGCCCUCCGGCCCUGCACCUGCCCACUCCCUCGGGGACCUUAAGAGCAGUUGGCCAGGCCGAGGCUUGGUCUCUCGUUUCUUCCAGAUGUCCAAGAAGGCCCCAGACCCCAGUGGGAAUGGGGCCCAUGGGUUUAAGCAGGUGCCCCGGAGCCCAUGGGGUCGGCCAGGCCGAGAGAGCCUCCACCUUCGGAGCUGUGGCGACCUGAGCUCCGGCUCUUCACUGCGGCGCCUCCUGUCUGGCCGCCGGCUGGAGCGUGGUCCUCGCCCCCACAGCCUCAGCCUCAAUGGGGGCAGCCGGGAGACUGGGCUCUGACCUGGGCUUCCUGACCCUCUGAACAGAUCCAGGUGAAUGCUGGGGGCACAGGCACCAGCUGGUGGGACCAACAACCCCCAGCACCCCACGCGCUGGCUGACACAAAAGAAACCCGCUGAACAUGCCCAGAAGUAUCCCUUUGCCGCCUACCUCUGGGAGCUCCUGCUGCUUGCCUCUGGCCCUCAGGACUGGGAGAGCUUCUCUCCUAUGCUGCAUGGGUAUCUGGGUAUUCAGGCUGUCUGGGGGAGAGGCUCCUGCUUACAGCAUCCAAAGAGGAAAAAAAAAGUCCCACCCCCAGUGUGAGAGAGCCCUCCGACUGGACAGGGGCACUCUGGCUGGGGCAAAGGCAUGCCCCAGUACUUCUGCAUAGGGAGCUGUGUGCCUGUGCACUGGGGUGGUGAGGCGUGAAGAGUCCAAGAAACCUGGGUGGCUCUCAGCUCUGCCACGUCUACCUGCAUGGCCUUGGGCAAAUUAUUUAACCUCAACUGCCUGAUCCGUAAAACAUCGUGAAGAUGAAUGUUUGUAAAGCUCUUAAUACACUAAAUAGGCCUUCAAAAAA